AUGAACAACUGGACAGACCCUCACACUAUUCGCUACUGCGAGUCGUCGGAGGUGUCACCGACCACGUUGUUCAUCCCCCCACAUGUGACACCACGGGCGGGACGGCGAUCACGGCAUCGCUGGACAACUGGAGAACGAGACUGCAAGGGCGGCGGACUCCGGUCGGCCCGACAAGAGGAGAUCAGCACGAGACAGCAAGGGCGGCGGACUCCGGUCGGCCCGUCAAAAGGACGAACGAACCAGCACGACCGCUCGACCUUAAGCGCUUCGGAAGCAUUUGACUUGGUCACCAAUGCUCUGAUCGAACCGACGACUAAAAAACAAAAGGUGGCGGACGACCGCCAGACCAGCCACGCAUCGGCGCAGACACCCUGUAGCAGCGACUGGAGUGUCAGGCUGAGGGAGAAGUUGAACAAGGCCAGGUCCACCCUGAAGGCAGUCGCCGCUGACACAAAGAAACUAAUGCAGAGGACCUCGGACCCAGACCUGCGUAACCACAUCGAAAAAAUCCUGAACCGCACCAGCGACGCCUACAGCACGGUCGACUCCCUACUGGAGAAGAACGGCGACGUUGCGGACCUGCCCGGACCCACCACCGGAAAGUCCACGUCGGACGCCUCCACUGACAUGGAGCUCACCCCAGCGCACUGGGAGAGUCUUGCAAGGAGAACAGCUGCGGCCAACCGUCAAAAGCGUCCACCGAAUCCAUCCGCCCACCUUCCCCCCCCGGACACCGAGGCCGACACCGGCAUGGAGACCGAGGCCGAAGACUGGUCCAGGGUCGUUGGUAGGCGUUCAAGAAGACCGAAAACAACGACGGCUGCGGCCAACCGUCCUCCGGCCGCACCACCGCAGCCGUCGGGGUUUUCGAAGAAGGCCCCAGCCAUCCUCGUCAGAAACGCCGAGGGUAAGAGUUUCCGCGACACGGUGCUGGCGGUCCGCAACUGUGGACUAUCUAGGGAGGAACUCGGGGCCAGCAUCACGAUGAGGCAGACGCGAGACGGCAGCUUACUUUUGGAGCUUCCAAAGGGGGCGAGCUCCACCACCGCGGCUAGGAACCUAGUGUCGGCCAUGUCGGAUAGGCUCGGUCAAGCCAUCGGCAAGGUCCACCAGCUCGGUAUACAGGUGGAGGUUGAAGUCCUGGACAUCGACGCUGCGGCCACAGGCCAGGAGGUGCUGGAGGCCCUCCGCAACGCCAUCCCAGGGCAGGACGACCCGACGUCGAAGGUCGACCGUGACGCCAUCAGCGACGUCCGAAUAUGGGGCACCCGAUCCGGCCAACAGAUCGCCACGGCCAAAAUGCCCAAGCACCUGGCCUCCGCCAUCACCAGGGUCCCGAUCGGGUGGACCAUGUGUCGAGUGCGCCCUAGGACCCUCGCCCCGACCAGAUGCUUCCGCUGCCACGCGUUCGGCCACAAUACCCGGGAUUGCAAGGCUGCCGACAGAACCGGGGCAUGCUGGAGGUGUGGCGUCAUCGGGCACGCCAUGAAGGACUGCGUCGAAGCCGACGACCGCUGCGUAGCCUGCGAGUCUGCUGGACUCCCGAAGGUUCCGCACAAACCGGGCUCGGGCGCCUGCGCCGCGAGAAAGAUGUCGGCAGGUCACAAAGCAGGCCAAUGA